UGUGGGGUUUUUUUUCAGAAAUCCUGCCAGAAACCUGUGGACAAAUACAUCGAGUAUGAUCCUGUUAUCAUCUUGAUUAAUGCUAUUUUAUGUAAAGCGCAAGCAUACAGACAUAUUCUUUUCAAUACAAAGAUAAACAUUCAUGGAAAGCUCUGCAUAUUUUGUUUGCUCUGUGAAGCUUAUCUCAGGUGGCUGCAACUACAGGAUUCAAGCCAAAAUAUAGAUCCUGAUGACUUAAUCAGAUAUGCCAGGGAAUGGGAUUUUUAUAGAAUGUUUGGCAUAGCUUCUUUAGAACAAACUUCAUUUUUAGUUGGCAUUUUUAUUGCGUUGUGGCAGAUGAGACCUGAGAUGCUGAAAACGAAGUCGGACUUCAGUUUACUUCUCAAAGCACUGCUAUUGUCUAGCUAUGGAAAGCUUUUGCUAAUUCCAGCUGUUAUUUGGGAACAUGACUACACACCUUUGUGCCUCAUGCUUAUAAAAGUAUUUGUCUUGACAUCAAACUCUCAGGCUAUCAGAGUUACGUUAAACUUAAACCGAAUGCGUCCUUGGUUGGCCAUCUUCAUUGGAUUAGUUUUGGAAAACGGUGCGAUCUGCUUGUUCCGGAAAAUGGGAUGGAACGUUUGAAAAAUCAGUCCAGAUCUAAAGAAAAACCACCAACAUGCUGAUUAUUUUCUAAGGAUGAUCUCUUCUAGCAGUCCCAAAGUCACUGUUUUCAUAGUGAUAAAGAAAAUGAUAGGUAACAAAUUUUCAUUAGUGGUUUGCUGGAAACAGUUUCAGGAUAAGCUGAAAUGAGAAACUUCAGAACUUUGGCUGUUCAAUGUGAUGAGGCAUAAAACUUCAGCCAUAGCUUGUUUAUUUUCCUACCAAAAAUAUGAAUGUGUCACCAUCCUAAGAGCUUUAUAAAUCUGGCUGUAUAGCUGCGGUUGUAACAAGAAAGGUACCCUAAAAAAUUUCAGCACCGCUACCAACCACUGCAUUUUGGCAGAAAGAGGGGGAAGAAUUGUUCCUUUAAGAGAAAGGAAAGCAGUCAGUGGAAAAAGCGUACAAAACAAAAUUUGAUAUCUCUGCAAAAGCUGAUUUUUCAAAGAGAAAGAGAGAGAGAGAGAGAUGAACAUGCACAGAUUAUUAGAGAAAAGGCAAGUAUUGCAGAGUAAAACUACAGUGGAAAAACUAUGUUGUGUUCUCUGGAAUGCUUAUAGAACAAUCCAAAAUAAUAAAAUACUUAGUUCCAGAGUAAUCCCUAGGAGUUAUAGUUUUAAUCAGCUUCAUUUGAAAUUUUAUAUGAUCUUAUAAAUUCUGUUGCACUGUUCUGAAAGAUGAAAAGAGAGGAAAGGACUGUGAUACCCAACAUACAAGGUUGUUUGGGAUAGUGCUGCUGUUGUAGUUAAUAUUCAACCAUCUCCCCCUAGACGAGCCCUCCCGGACAGCUGGUUUAGUGGAAGCACAAAGUGAAAUAUGAGGCUGCCUAGCAGUGUUCUUUUAUAGAGUAGUACAUAUUGAAAAAGAAACAAGGUUUGGACUAAAUCGGUGAAUAAACAUUUAUGGAAGUUCCAAAUCUUACACCCCAGCAGGCAAAGAAGGAGGGCUGGGCGGUCCACAAAGGAACUAGCAGAAGGAAUUGGCAGAAUCAUUUUCCCAAGACAGGCAGUGGUUAGCACACGAACCUACUUUUUUUUCUGCAGACCAGUUUCCAUCAUGUUCCAUCCAACGUUUAAUUCUCCUGCCUCAUUCUGGAAGGCUGUAGCUCUGUCACUACGCUCCUCAGGUACAACUUCCAUUCUUUGUUUUUUCUCAGCUGCAGUUUCCUGUCCAUCUUUUGCAGAAUGCACUAAAAAACAUUUUGCAAUAUCUUCAAAUCAAUUCUGAGUAGAUGAAGUCUAGAUUAUGAGCCCAGAGGACGGGGGACAUCAGACAUGUUAAAACCCUUGCAACUGCACGUGCCAUAGUAAGCUGUUUCGAGAGAAAAGCAAAUGGUUGCCUAUUCUGUUAUAGCAGGGCAGAGGCUGACCACGCUGCUGUGCCAUGUGCUGCAAUGGGUAUCUUUAUGAGCAUGUGAUAGUGCGGCCAAGGAAGGCAAAAAAAAAAAAAAAA